CUGCUUCUUCCCUCGGACAUCUGAAAGUUCUGCUUGGUAUCAGACAAAUCCUCCCCCCCCCCCCCCCCUAGAACCUUUCGGGCUUGCGGCCCUUGCUACCACUACAAUUUCGACCAAACUGAAUGCACCGGCACUCGUGCAUAGCUCUUUGUUAGAGCUAUCAAGAGAGAAAAAGACCCUGUGCGAGAGCAGGUACGGUCUAUAUCGGUAGAGACUACUGAUUCCGGUCGUAACCUGGAAGUCGGUUGUUGGUUCCCUACGGUGGGUUUCCGUUCUACCACAAUGGUCAACAUGACGAUCGCGCACGAAUCCCACCGAGGGUCCUCGUCGUCAGGUGCCGGGUUCGCGUUAGAGGACAGGUUCGAAGUUAUAAAAGACAUCGGGGAUGGAAGUUUUGGUAGUGUAGCUCUGGCUAGAGUGAGGACUGCUGGCGCAAGUGUGGCUCGUCGUGGUACCAUCAUUGCGAUUAAGACGAUGAAGAAGACCUUCGAGUCCUUCAACCCGUGCCUUGAGCUCCGAGAGGUCGUCUUUCUAAAGACGCUGCCGCCACAUGGCCACUUGGUUCCAGCACUCGACAUAUUCCUCGAUCCCUUCACCAAGAAGCUUCACAUCUGCAUGGAGUACAUGGAGGGGAACCUAUAUCAGCUCAUGAAGGCUCGCGACCACAAAUAUCUCGACAAUCCCAGUGUCAAGAGCAUCUUGUAUCAGAUUAUGCAAGGCCUCGAGCAUAUCCACGCCCACCACUUUUUCCACCGAGACAUCAAGCCCGAGAAUAUCUUGGUCACGACUUCGGGACAUCAAGAUUCCGUAAACUCGUUUCGGCGGUAUUCUGCCUUGAUGACCCCUCCUUCGACACCUCCAUCCUAUACAGUAAAGAUUGCAGACUUCGGGCUUGCGAGAGAGACGCAUUCGAAACUACCGUACACGACCUAUGUUUCCACCAGAUGGUAUCGGGCCCCUGAGGUACUUCUACGGGCUGGCGAAUAUUCGGCUCCCGUCGAUAUCUGGGCAGUUGGCGCUAUGGCAGUUGAAAUCGCGACACUGAAGCCUCUUUUCCCUGGUGGUAACGAAGUGGAUCAAGUCUGGAGAGUCUGCGAAAUUAUGGGGAGCCCUGGAAACUGGUAUAACAAGUCGGGCGCUCGGGUAGGUGGAGGUGACUGGAAGGAGGGGACACGAUUGGCUGGGAAGCUUGGAUUUUCUUUCCCGAAGAUGGCACCUCACUCGAUGGAUACGAUCCUCCAGACUCCUCAGUGGCCGGCUUCCCUAAGUCAGUUUGUUACUUCGUGCUUGAUGUGGGAUCCGAGGAAUCGACCAACCUCAACCCAGGCACUGGCACACGAGUACUUCACGGACGCGGUCGAUCCGCUACGGCCCAAGUCGUCAGCUUCGAGGAUACUAGGCCGCAAGCAAUCUGACAUAAGCCGAGGGAAGGAAUCCGCCUCUGUUACGCCUACCUCCUCUAAACAGUCGUGGUUCAGGAAAUCGCUCAUCGGCCGAUCCGAGAUGGCGGAGAGCGCGUCUCCUCAGAUCAGUGUGAAGGAUGUGGUGGCGGCGCCGCGUCCGUCUCCGAUUCAUUCGCCAGAGGUCAACGAGGCCCCCCCGGCAAAGUUUCGGCCGGCUGCUGGCAAACGGAUCACAUGGACCAACGGCCCGUCGAAUGUGGCUCCUAUGCCGAUUUUACCCACGAUCCGCCCAAUUUCACCGCUGUCAGAUGCGGUCACUGCCCAGGCUUCAAACCGUGCGCCUUCUUGUAACGACGCAUACAGCAACGGAGCUCAACGUCCGAUCGACGAGAAGACUGGUAAGAAGAUUGGGCGACAGCUCUCGGUGGCUUCGAGUGCUAGUCACUAUACCGAGCUGCACCGGCAGCAAGCCGAACGAGCCCUGAACGGCAACAGUGGUCUAGUCUCACCACCAAGUGGACAUAAAGAAAGCUUCUUCUCCCAUCUACGGAAGAGGGCGCGGAGAUUUUCUGGCAGGCACCAGACGCCAGUUUCGCCCACCUACGACGAGGAUAUUGAGGCACAAGCGGGCUGUGGCCCUUGGGUCAGCAACCGGUCUUCGAUGGUCAUUGACCAGCAGCACGCCUCAACUACCAAGAUAGACAACUACGAAUCGCUCGACCGUACUUUGCGAGAUGUCCACCAACCCACGAGCUCAUCGAAUUCACCAAUACCACCUAUUCACACGACCGCAUCUAACGGCAACCUAAAACGACACCAUUCGUUACCACAUCAGCAACCCAGAUCUGUCGAUAACCUGAUCGGCGCUGCUCGCACGCCUGGUCCCAUCUUCGGCAGAACGAAGAGGGCACAGGCAGUGCACGGCGUCCAAGGCGACGCUCUAGACGAAGAAGAAGAGCUGCUAGAUGAAAAGCUCAAUCCGGACCGUCGGGCCUCGAAUCGACUGGAGAAGGACGGGACGUCAAACGUUAGGCAGUCCGCCGGCAAUAUCGGGCUAUCUAACCCUUACCCCACGCCGUCACCGUCGGCUAGCGGGAACAUGAUCCUUUUCGGAGACUGCCACGAGGCUUUGACACCGAAGCCGUUGAAUCUCAGCAAGGGGUUGGGGAGAGACAGCCAGUACAAACGACCGACACCCCCAUACGAAGACGGCGAGUGGGCUUCUUCGGUAGCUGCAAGCAUAAGGGCAGCUGGUAAUAGGUUUUAGGGAAAAGUUUCGCUUCCGUGGCGGUGGCUUUUGCGGCGGAAGCGUGUUCGUAUUGUUCGUCAUGGCACGGUGUUGGGAGUUAAAUAUCGGGUUUGGGGAUAUACAUGGCAUAACAUUUUGCACACUCUUUCCAGCAUACUAUUGACGAUCUUGGGCUCGAUUUCACUUG